UCCUUGUUUAAUGGAGUUUUGCUGGAGGUGAAGUGUGUAGGACAAAGUGAAUUUGAGCUUCUGGAUUUUUUUAAAAAUUUAUUUCUGCUUAAUGGCUGCAUGUCCAUUAUCACAUUUGAACGAGGCUUACAGCUGCAGUUUAUUGUGGUAUAUUGCUAGCCCUGGGUAUUUUAUGCUGACCUAAGCAGGAUUUAAUUUUUUUUUUUUUUUAUGUACAAGUCUUGUUUAUAUUGGUGAUGGUUCUACAGAUUUGCUGAUCUCAAGGUGGUUUCAUUUCAGUCUGUUUUUUGAAGUCCAAGUUGUUGCACAGUUAGAAGUUUUAUUCCAGGUGUUUUCAGUCUCUUAGUGUGUGUUGUAGUUUCUUUUUGGUCUGGAGUCAGUAUGGAAGAAUUUAAAUGUCAGAAAAGUGAUGAUUUUUAUAUGGGAAGCCUAAUGAUACCGAUCAGAAAACUCUGCUGAACAGCAUUACUUCAUGGCUGUGGUAAGGGGCUGUGUUACACUUCCCUGUCUUGCUGCAUGCAAGUGAAGUCAUAAGUGUUUCAUUACAGUAUCUCCAUUAUUUUCAUAGGUUCACAACUUGGCUGGAGCAAUUCCCUUGGGCUUAGAUAUUAUUAUGUAGACUUUCAGCCUUGGCGUCAUUGUGUAUUUUUUCCUUUUUGAAGUGAAAGAAACUUAUUAAGUUUAAGGAAACAUGAUGAAAAGAAAAGAGACAUUAACUGAGCUGGUGUGCUUGUGUGGUACGUUGUAGACUUAAGCAAAGUUAUUUCCAACAGUAGAAACUCGCGGGUUAUUCCUCUUUUCUAAAGCUUUUCCAUGUGCUUUAUUUCCAUUUCUAGAUCAAUUUACCUGUUCAUUAUAUUUGAAUAAGCUAAAGAUCUAAUUUUCUAACAUGAUUUUUGGAGUUUCUUGGGUUGUUGUGUUCCCAGUUUCCCAAUCAGAAAAACUUUUGUACCAUAUGGUAGCGUGGUGGUACUUGAUAGUUGAAAUACAAGAACAUAUAUAUUCAUUGAAAUUUGUCUUUAUAUUUAUGGAAGAUUUUAUUUCUCAAAAGCAAGGAAUUAUCAAAAGUUUGAUAUAUGCCCUAAAUACAUUGUCUCCACAAGGAUGUUGUGAAAAUCACGGGAUGUGGUUGAUCUCAUCUCCAUUUCACAACAUGAUUUCUGUUACAAAUGGCCAGCUGAACAAUGCACCAUCCUCCUACUUAGAGUCACUGCAAACCAUGGACUGAAUGUUUCUCCAUCAGCAAGUCUACAUACUACAUUUUCAUGCUGUUCAUGUACAAAGCAUACCUGAGAGGAAACUCCGAAAAUUGGCAACAGUAUUGCCAAACUCUAAGGCAUUCAGAGCUGUGAGUGGUGUUUUGUCCAGUUCUCAGUAUCAUGGGAUAGUAGAUAGCAGAUGUUUUGUUUUCGUUCCCAGGAUCUUGUGGUUUAGUGUGUCAGUUCUCUUGAAAGCAUCAUUUUGUCUGAUUUCUUUUUCAAGUGAGUGUGCUUGAGUGUUAGCGGUUGCUAUGACAGUGACACCUAGGUAUUUAAGAGUGGCUACAUGUAACAUAUGUGCCAGAGAUUUUCAGUUGCUGAUGAUCAAUUGGUUGUUAGAUUUACUUCCCCAGGCAGAAUGCUCAAGAAUGUAAAUGAACUCUUCAUUCACCAUUGAUCUUGAGAAUUGAGAACCACUUCUGGACGUACUGCCCUGAAGUACCAUAUGAUUCUGUUGCACAGCAUCCCAGCCUGCAUAAAGCCAGCAGAGCAUUUGUAAAUGAAGCACUUCUGUUUCUUUCAGAGUAAGGGAUUUGUGUCAAACAAGAAAACAAUUAUGGAUUUGUAUAGGAAAUAAUAGAAAAAGUAUUAGGCAUAAGUUUUAAGCUAACGGAGGUUGCGGGGCUUUGGAAAGGCUAGCUUGUACAAGGACAUUCAGAGCUGUAGGAUGAGUCAAGGACCUCUGCCCCAUACUCUGUGAAAAUUUCAUGCUGAAAAUUUUUGUGCUGAAAAUUCAUGUCCUAAAAUCCUACAAAUCAUAUUGUGUUCCUGGCUUGCCAUACUGCCUUCUCAUAGGACCCCAAACUGGUGAGCAUGUGGCAAUGAGACUGCUGGAGAGGUUGCACUAUCUCAGAAAUAGCUUGUUUAGUUUUUCUUCUGGGGCGGUUGCCUGGCUAAAGUGGUGCAAGCUCCCACAUACUGCAUAAAGGGGUGGUAAGGUGGGACUGUAUUUGGGGUAAGAAGAGAGGGAAUCCCCUCCAGAACUGCGCAGCAGAAACUUUUUUUCUGUGGCUGUUGAGCCCAAGGCCACUGAGGCCACCUGGGUGCACAGACCUUGUGGAGAGGGAGUGGAGCUGGCUGUCCACCUGUCCCUGUGCCCAUUUUAUCAUCUACCUUCAGGCUUCGAGAGGCAAGGUCUGCUUCCCUACAAAAAAGAGAAUUGUCUAUUUCUUCUCAUUGGAAAAACUACCAGCUGGAGAAAUUGGUCAGGACUCCAACAUUGAUUGUGCUAAAUAGCAGUGAAAUUUGCCAUGCACUGGUGAAGGGAAUGAUUCGUGUUAUAGCUUCUGUCUGAGACUCUCCUGGGCCUCAGGCCAGUUGCAGAGCUGCUGCUCUUAAGGCUGCUGCAUUUAGGAGGGGAAGAAUUGCUAAUUUGGUGAUCUUUAAAUUAACACCAGGACUCCUGGGCUUCUGAUUCAGUCUGGGAACUGCAUUAAAAUUCUGAGUAACUAAGGUAUACAGAACGUGCUUUCUGAAAUUUGUAUUAACUUAUCUUUCUGGAUGAAGAAGGAUUUAUUCUGACAUUUCAUCUGUAAUACAGCUUUUAACUACACAUGCAGGAUCUACGAGAUUAGUAGUUUCUCUAUUUUCUCUCUCUCCUUUUUUUUUUUUUUUUUAAUUUUUUUUUUAGUGUACCACAAAGCAGCCUUCAUAAAGGAACUGUCUCAUGAGAUUUUACCUUCUAGCAUAUACUUACUCAGGUCACUUGAAUCCUGGUGUUAGCCUACUAAGUAACCAGUUGGGAUCCACAGGAACUGGGUUCAAGUGGUAUAAGUGAACUCUGGCUGUAAAGACAUAAUUUGCCAAUUACAACAAUUGCCCUCUUGGCAGACGUAAUCAGAAAAGUAUUUAUUUGUAGCUUGUUUGGAUGCAAUAUAUAUAGAAUCUGAAAAGGAGAAAGAAUAUAACCUGGGAAUGUAAUACCAUCAACAAGUACUCCAUAGUACACAAUUUAAGAUACAUUAGGAGUAAAUAAACAUUUCUCUAUAAUUUUAAGAGCAUGUGUAUGCUCAUGUGUUCUCUGUGUAGGUGCGUAGAGCUCUAAAUAGUCACUGGCUAAAUUUUUAAGAUGCUGACAUUACUAAUGCAAUGUUAACAGUCUGGUUAGAUGCCUUCUUUCUUUGUGUCUGCUCCAAAACUUGGAGCCAUAGUGCUCUUGUUUUUCAUAAUCUCUACUCUUUAAAUAAAAGCAAAUAAAGCAGUUAUGCUUUAAAAAAAUGUUUAGCAAUCUAUUUUUCUUUACAGUUUUUGCUUUAUAAUAUUUACGUUUCAAAAGAAUUUAAGAAGUGUUUAAGAAGGUGCAUAAUGAAAGAUUAAAAAAAAAUCAGAAUAUUUUCUAAUAUUUUUAGCUUUUACAGAAGCUUGCUUUUACAAAUAUUCAAUGCAGCAGGAUGUUGCAGGCUCUGGUUCUAAAUAUAGUGGCCUAAUUAAACCCUCUGCUUUGGUUAUCCAAGUGGAAGUACCUGGAUACCAUGAAGACUUUAAUGCCAGAAAGGAGCAUUAAAUUGUCCAGUGUAGACUGCAUUAAAAGACCAUCCCAUUUCACCCACUCACCUCAAAUUAUUGGUUUUUGUAUGACUUAAAAACAGAUACCUUUGUAAAAUUAGAGAAGGAAGCAGUGAGCUGGGCAGAUGGUUUUCACAUGGUGAUACAUAGAACCACAGGUGUCACAGUAGGAAAUAGUCGUUACUCUUCCUAUAUUAAGGCUUCCCAAGAGUCAGAGCUCAUGACAGAGGCUAUUUUUUACCAUCUAAGUUGACUAUGAGCAACUAUAAACCAUGUCUUUUCACCCCAGAUGGCUGCUCCUCAAUUUUUUAGUUUUUGGGUCAAGCUUUUCUAUAGUAGAUUUCAGUCAAGAUCAUAUGUAUAUAUUAGAAGAAGGCUGAAAGAACAGAGGAAAAAAAUAGAGCUAAGCAGUGAUAUGACCUCCAGAAAUUAGAGCAGCAGGAGGUGUUGCUAAUGAAGGGUAAAGCAGUGCUAAGGAUUUGAAAAUCUCAUUCUUGGGAAGAAAAAAUGAAUAGAAAAAGUAUCUAGUUGGAGAAACAAAAUUAAGCAGCUCAGCCUCUUUUUGGGGUCUGGAUGGGUUGUUAAUUGACGUGAGGGACUGAAUCUUUGAAGAAACACUAGAAACCCAUAGACAGUCAUCUCUUGCCAGUCAUUGUGUGUUAGAAGCUAUGACCAGGAGCCCUGGUGAAAAAAAUCAGCCUGUGGAAGUUUGCAGCUGGGGUCUGCACCCCAAAAGCAUGUCUUCCUUCUGUCUUGAGCUACGGGAGAUUAUGGGGGUAAAAAGUAGGUGUCAGUGUUUUAGGGAGCAAACUGCUCAAUUAUGCAUUAAGCUUGAGGAGCACAUGUGCAAAUCCUGCCCUGUUAAAUACUCAUUGUCAUAUUUAAUGGAAGGAGGUGGCAGUCAAAAAAUGGAGGCAUGCAGGAGGAAGCAUUUUGGUACACUUGAGGGAGCUGGGUGAGUCACGUUCAUGUAAGCAUCCCCAAAGGGUUGAAACCCUCUGUUUUUCAAAUGAACUUUAAAUAGGAUCAUGAAUUCACUGGAAUCAUCUCACAAGAGUAGAGUUGCAAGUAGAAGCAUUUACAGAUCAUGCACUUAGAGACCAAUUUCAAAAUACAUCUCCAUAUGCCAGUUGCAAGUCUGAGAUGAAAUUUUACAGCCACAUCACUAGGUAAUUAUAUGCAUGAAAUACUUCAUACCUUACUAGAUAAGCUUGAAUUAGAAGAGAACAAACUGUUGGGUGCUUUACACUCAAGUGUUAAAAUAUCUGCUGAUUUUAGAGUAGACUGAAUUUACUUUUACCCAAUCAUGCUUAGACCAAAAGGAUGGCUUACGUUACACCAUAUUAAUGGGUUAAUUUCCUCUUAAGGGGAUAUUUAUUUUUUUUCUUACUUCAAGGAUGUUUGGAAGUUCCUUGUUUCAUGUAAUCUAUAGUUUAAUAAACUUCUCUGACUGUUUGGCUACUGGACUAAACCUCAGUAGGGAGAAAACCUGCAGGUUCUAGCACAGCCUGUAAAUGCAAAUCAAGUUUGUUUUGUGCACAUGGGUUUGCUCACAGUGAGUUAAAGCCUUAGACACAGUUCUAAGUGCUCUGGAGACUUUCUCUUUAAGAAGUUGUAUCCACCAGGACUUUAAUAGUUGGGGGAGGGUUGAUUGCUCUCUGACCACAUAUCUGAUUCACUAUGGAUUUUGUAACUUUGGUAGCAGUGACCUCAUUUUGGCAAAAUAAUAUGUGUCAUUUACUGAGAGUCUCACUGCUCCAACAAUCACGGGAAUAUUAGGGUUAUAACCUGAGUAAUUUAUGGAAGAGAGAUGACUCUUAAAUAAUCUUUUCUUUUCUUGGAAAGGCUUAUUUUAUUAAAAACAUAUUUUAGCUCUGAGUGAGAAUGAGAGAUCCUCAAAGCACCCAGGGGAGAUUGUGCUGUCCGGUGUGUUGAAAAGGUGAAUUGUAAUGUAUGGGUGUCUAGACAUUUCCUCUUGUUGCUGUCAACAGUCCAGUUGGCUGUAUUUUUUUUUUUUUCCAGUGAAUAGGAGCAUUGAUUUUCCUCUUUCUUUGGCCAGAGCUUUCAUUUUACAUAUCUUUCCCCUUCUGAGUCUCUUUCUCUCUCCUUCCCUCUUUUUUUUCUCUCUCUCUUCCUCUAUGUGGAAGAGAGGGAAGCCUGUAAGAGCUGACAGCAAGCUUUCUAACUCAGAAUGAUUCAUGUAAAACACCUGAAAGGCAAGUUCUGCGCCAGCAUCACUGCAAGAAAGAAAGGCCAGGAGGAAGAAAAUCCCACAGGUAGAGGCCUUCAGCUGGGACCUUUUCCUGAAAUGGAAUGGACUAAUACACAGAAAUAUCGUUAUCAAGAUGAGGAUGCUCCACAUGACCAUACUUUGCCUCGUUUGACCCACGAAGUGAGAGGCCCAGAGCUUGUUCAUGUGUCAGAGAAGAACUUAUCUCAAAUAGAGAAUGUCCAUGGAUAUGUCUUACAGUCGCACAUUUCUCCUUUGAAGGCAAGCCCUGCCCCUAUAAUUGUCAACACAGACACUUUGGACACAAUCCCUUACGUCAAUGGAACAGAAAUUGAAUAUGAAUUUGAAGAAAUUACUUUGGAGAGGGGAAAUUCUGGCCUGGGGUUCAGUAUUGCUGGAGGAACAGAUAACCCACACAUUGGGGAUGAUCCUGGGAUAUUCAUUACUAAGAUUAUACCAGGAGGAGCUGCAGCAGAGGAUGGAAGACUCAGGGUCAACGAUUGCAUCUUGCGCGUGAACGAGGUUGACGUGUCGGAAGUGUCACACAGCAAAGCCGUGGAGGCCCUGAAGGAGGCUGGUUCCAUAGUGCGCUUGUACGUCCGGCGAAGGAGACCUAUACUGGAGACCGUCGUAGAGAUCAAGUUGUUCAAAGGACCGAAAGGUCUAGGAUUCAGUAUUGCAGGAGGGGUGGGAAACCAACACAUCCCUGGGGACAACAGCAUUUAUGUCACUAAGAUUAUUGAUGGGGGAGCUGCACAAAAAGAUGGGAGAUUGCAGGUUGGAGAUAGACUUCUUAUGGUAAAUAAUUACAGUUUAGAAGAAGUUACCCAUGAAGAGGCGGUAGCAAUACUGAAGAACACAUCAGAUGUAGUGUAUCUGAAAGUUGGAAAGCCCACCACCAUUUACAUGACAGAUCCAUAUGGCCCACCAGAUAUUACUCACUCUUACUCUCCACCAAUGGAAAAUCAUAUACUCUCUUCUGGAAACAAUGGCACUUUAGAGUACAAGGCAUCCCUGGCUCCGAUCUCACCAGGAAGAUACUCACCCAUUCCAAAGCACAUGCUUGUGGAGGACGACUACACCAGGCCUCCUGAACCUGUUUACAGCACUGUGAACAAAAUGUGUGAUAAACCACCUUCUCCUAGGCACUAUUCCCCUGUCGAGUGUGACAAAAGCUUCCUUCUUUCAGCUCCCUACCCCCACUACCACGUAGGCCUGCUCCCUGACUCUGAGAUCACCAGUCAUUCCCAGCACAGCACUGCAACGCGUCCCCCCACAGUGAGCUUGCAGCGGACCAUUUCUGUGGAAGGAGAGCCUCGAAAAAUCAUCCUGCACAAGGGCUCCACAGGACUUGGUUUCAACAUUGUGGGAGGUGAAGACGGGGAAGGCAUUUUCGUGUCUUUCAUCCUCGCAGGUGGGCCGGCGGAUCUCAGUGGCGAGCUGCAGCGAGGAGAUCAAAUCUUAUCUGUGAACGGCAUUGAUCUCCGGGGUGCUACCCAUGAGCAGGCUGCGGCUGCGCUCAAAGGAGCGGGGCAGACGGUAACCAUCAUAGCACAAUACCAGCCAGAGGAGUACGCUCGAUUUGAGGCAAAAAUCCAUGACCUGCGUGAGCAGAUGAUGAAUCACAGCAUGAGUUCUGGGUCUGGCUCCCUGAGGACUAAUCAGAAGAGAUCACUGUAUGUCAGAGCCAUGUUUGACUAUGACAAGAGCAAAGACAGUGGCCUCCCAAGCCAAGGACUGAGUUUCAAGUAUGGAGACAUCCUUCACGUCAUCAACGCCUCAGAUGAUGAAUGGUGGCAGGCGAGGAGGGUCACUCUGGAGGGGGACAGUGAGGAGAUGGGAGUUAUACCCAGCAAGAGGAGAGUUGAAAGAAAGGAGCGUGCACGUUUGAAGACGGUGAAAUUCAACGCGAAACCCGGUGUAAUUGAUGCAAAAGGGUCAUUCAAUGACAAGCGUAAAAAGAACUUCAUCUUUUCACGAAAAUUCCCAUUCUACAAGAGCAAGGAGCAGAGUGAGCAGGAAACAAGUGAUCCAGAACAACAUGUUUCUUCUAAUGCCAGCGAUAGUGAAAGUAGCUACAGAGGCCAAGAGGACUGCAUCUUUUCUUAUGAACCUGUCACAAGACAGGAAAUUAAUUACACCAGGCCGGUUAUUAUUCUGGGCCCUAUGAAAGAUCGGAUCAACGAUGAUUUGAUAUCUGAGUUCCCUGAUAAGUUUGGGUCAUGUGUACCACAUACCACACGGCCAAAGCGUGACUAUGAAGUGGAUGGGAGAGAUUAUCAUUUUGUCAUUUCAAGAGAACAAAUGGAAAAAGAUAUCCAAGAGCACAAAUUUAUAGAAGCUGGGCAGUACAAUGAUAAUUUGUAUGGAACUAGUGUCCAGUCUGUGAGAUUUGUGGCAGAAAGGGGCAAGCACUGUAUACUUGAUGUGUCAGGAAAUGCUAUCAAACGACUACAAGUUGCACAACUCUAUCCCAUUGCUAUCUUCAUUAAGCCCAAAUCAUGGGAGCCUCUGAUGGAAAUGAAUAAACGUCUUACAGAGGAGCAAGCAAAGAAAACCUAUGAUCGAGCAAUUAAAUUAGAACAAGAAUUUGGAGAAUAUUUCACAGCUAUUGUCCAAGGAGAUAGCUUAGAAGAUAUAUAUAAUCAAUGCAAACUUGUAAUUGAAGAACAAUCUGGGCCUUUCAUCUGGAUUCCUUCAAAGGAAAAAUUAUAAAUUAGCCACUGCACCUCUGAUUACAGCGGGAGAAUAUUUAGAAGAAACCUAUAAUAUACUAUUUGGAGGCUUUCCUGUUUUUGUUGCAUUUAUGUUCUUUGCAGUCAAUGUGAAUUUUGAUGAAUGUACAACACAAAGUGUUUGAAGCCAUGAAGGACAGUGAUGGGUCAAAGGGUAGGAACAAAAAGACUUCUACCAUAUAAAGCAAAUCUGUUGUGUGCUCAGAGCACGAGUUGUAGGUAUAAACUUUUGACGUGGAGACCCUCUGUCAAAGGGAGCUAAGCCACCUCCUGUGCCCAUGCGGACAUUUUGUUCAAUUUCAAUGGCUGAGCUCAGUGUGUUGAUUGCUUUUGAGAAGUUCCCAGCUCUUGAACCUCACAGAGGGCUUGAUCCUGCAAGGCGCUCAGCACUUGACCCCAAUUCCUACACAUGAGUAGCCUGUUGACUUGGAGUCACUCGUGACCCUUCCCUAUGCCGUUCAGUCCCACCAGUUCCAGUAGGACUACUCACGUGCUCAAAGCUAGGCACGGGCUUAAGCAUUUUUGCUAGAUCAGGGUCAAACGCACCUUGCAAAAUCAAGCUCAGAGUAUUUGGUCCACUUCCUACUGAGGUCACUGUUGGGACACUCUGUGACCUGACUGGGAGGUGGGUCCUGUUCCAAGCUUGUCAUUGCACAUUUGUAGUUGGUACACCUCGACUUUGGUAACUAUGCACAUCUUUUGAUUUCUGAAACCAAGUCAAGCUUUUUUUUUCCCCCUUUGGAAGCACUAUUGCAUCAAGAACUACCAACAAUAUGGUUUAUUUUAAUGGUGUUUAGGGGUGGGAGAGGAUGGAAGCAUUUCGCACCAUACACGUGUGCACACAAACACAUUCCCAUGCAGACAGACACAUGUAUGAGGAUUCACAGCACCUAUGUUAACAAGGAGGGAUACAACUGGGAAAAGCUUUAAAAUUUUUGAUUGUCUAUUUUAUCAUUUAUAUUGAUAGAAGGCACUUAAAGAUGGAAUAAUUUAUAAAAAAUUAUAUUGAUGUAUAGAAACUAAUUUCUAUAGGUAAAAUGUUUUUGUGAAGAUAUUUUGUAAAGAUUAAUUAAUUGAAAGAUUAAAUAUUUACACCCUUGUGCGACUGUCAAAUGUAAAGAGGACCAUCAAGUUGCAUUAUACCUCUUCCAUAACAGAUUCCCUAUUAUUAAUGACAAGCAAGAAAAUCCCUUAAAUAGUAGUUGUCAUCUUUUUUUCUUUCAAUUUAAUCCUCUCCCUUGCCACUGUUUAAUCAUGAUGAACUCCUGUGGAAAGAUCUCUUGAACUCACUGCCCUGUAGGAAUUUUCUGAACACAAAAGGAUAAUGCAUCUUUGAGAGGGACAACUAUUCAGUAGCAAAAUGUCAGUGCUUAAAUGCAGCUAAUAAUUUCUCUCUUAGGAAGGAGGCACCCUUAAUCCCCAAAUGUUUUAUGACUCUUCCUGUUUCCCUCAGGGAAAUAACAAAAGCAUUUGAUCUUUCCUCUCUUUGCAGGCAGGUCACCAACUAACUUGUAUCUUCAUUCAUUUCACAGUCAACAAGGGUCUUAAAAGCAAAAACUGAGGCAAUAGACAUUUGUGAGGGAUUUGGGGAAAAGUCUGUGGAAUUGCAGUCUGGGGUGUACGGAAGGGGAGGAGAUAUUUUUUUUCUCAUUUCACAUUGCCCUUCUUCUGUAUAGUGAUGCCAUUCCUCACUGACUUACAAGGAGACAACUGCAACAGAUGCUAUGACAGUAAAACUGAAUUGCCUUUGCUGCUGCUGGACCAUGUUCUCUAUGAAACCCACACUCCUGCCUCUGCUGCACUGCAGGAGUGCGAUGCUUAUAGCUGGUGGCUACAGCAGCCCUAAUGCUUAUGGACGUCUUAAAGGCAAAUGCUGAAUAGACUCCUCUGGCACUUGUCUGUUUGGAGCUUACACUUCUGCACCCUGUCCAGCUGACAGGGCUACCCAGCCACCUUCCGCAGACAGCGCGACGAGCUGGAUGUUUGCAAAAGCCACCAGCAGUGACAGGGUUAAAAACACGGGCAUUUUAUGGGCUCUUGAGCGGGCCUCUCAUGCUUACUGCCCAACUAUGGUAACUCUGAGAAGUUCACACUUCUUUAACUACUUUUCCUGCCUGGUCAGCGCAGCUUUAUAAACAAGGGUUUCAGUUAAGUCUCCAGAAGAGCUUUGUAACCAGAAGGGCUAUUAACUUUUUUUUUUUAAUAUUAAUUAAUGAGUGCUUUGAUUUUGGAUAAUUUUGCAGAAGUCCACAGAGUGACCCCAGAUCUUUGGAAGCCAUGGAUUUUUCCAUGCUAGCAAAAUACUAUUGCCCCAGGUUGGGAAAUAGCCCACCAGACCUGAAAAACCAAGUAUCCUAAAGCAGGAACUUCAUUCUAAUUUUCAGCUCUGUUUUUAAGCAAUCAAUCACAUCUGCUUCUUUGUUUCUUAGUUCAGCAUGCAGCCUUUUAUGGUACUAUCCUACUAGUAACUGUUUUGCUUUGUCAUGUGCUGUGCUUUACAGUGAACAGUAACACUACGGCUGAGUACAAUCAAUUUUUCCAUCAGUCCUUGGUUACUGUAGUAACAUUAUUUAUUUUUCCCUGUCUGUUGUUUGUGCUUCCAUUUUAGAGUUGACAUUGCACUUCUUUUUUUUUUUUUUAAAUAAAACAUAUAUUUAAAAACAAAUCGUCAAGAGAAUCAGUAAGAGGUCUUAUUUCCCUUAGGACUUGUACUCCCAUUUGUUUUGUGUGUUGAUGUUUUGCGUUCCAUGUUGCAGCAUCCUAAGAGCUGCAGUCCAUUUUUGCAUUGCAGCUGUUCAGAUCAUACUGGGUGGUAGUGGGAGGAGGAAGAAAAGCAUAAGACUCAUGCAAAAUUACAUCUGGUGAAAAAGAAGUCCAAACUCACAGCCCACAGCAAUUGGCGCCUGACUCCAUAUUGGUGCUAACACAGCUUAGCAUAAUCAGAUUCCUUUUCUGUCCAUGUUAAAGACUUGGGAGUGUCUAACCAUGAGACAAAUGCAAAUGCUGGACCCUUUAGGAAAAGUGCCAGAUCACACCCCUGGUGCUAUAUCUCAUGUUCUGGCACAGUGUGUAGCACCAUAGGGUCUAAGCAGAAUCAAAAUAUCACAGCUUUUUGUCCACCCAUGAAUGAUCACAAUGACAUCUCGCUAGCUUUGUGCAGAUGUGCAAUAUUACAACUUAAUUAUUUUUCCUUGCCACAAACAAAAAAUAAAAAAAUCUUCCAUGCACUGACUCCUUGAGAGCUUGCUAACAGGGCUCAGUGGAAUGGCACUUCUUCACUGGUCUUACAGUCUGACCAUCAACCAGUGGAAGAGCCUCUUUCUUGCUUAAUCCCCCUUCCUACAGAGGUACCCUGUCCAUGCUAGCGCUUUGUAAUUUCUUUGAUAGUAAAGGCUGUUUCUAGAUCAAUAUUCUGUGAUGUAAUUGUGUUUGUAGCUAGCAUGGUUUGAUGCUCCGGUGUGGAUAGGGUCCUAAGAACCACUUGGUGAAAGUCAAGGAUAAGAAAUCUCUCCAUUGCACUGAAAUUACAAAUCCUCUUCCUGGAGAGCAGUGUGGUACCCGAGCUAAUAACCACUACGAGCCAGCAACAGUGUCCUAGGUAUACAGCAUCCACCUACCUAUUUAUAUUAGUUUUCUAUGGAGAAAUUGUUGGCAUUACACCUUCACUGUUACUCGCUUAUCAGCACCCAGUCAAAUUGUAUUUUUGUUUUUGUUUUCUUAUAUUUUAGUUUUUGUUUUUCAAAUUGUAUCCCUGACCAGAGGAUUCAGUGAGUGAAAACACAUGAGGAUAUUUAUAGGAAAAAACUGUGUUGAGGAAGAAGUAUCAACCUCCUUUUUCAGAUGCAGAUUUAAAGCCAUAAUAUCUGCCGUGUUCACAGAAAGUGGUCUUUUUAUCCUUCACAGCUUUUAAUCUCAAUAUUUUCCCUCUUGAACAUUCUGCCUGUCAUGUUAUGCAUGUGGUUCACUGUGCAACUGCAUUCAAGUGCGCAAGCCCCUUCCUUGGUGGAAUAAACUUUUUUCUUUCCCAUUAAAAAUCAGACAUUUUGUCAAUUGGUUCAGGAAUAAGGAUGAGCUUAUUAUGCUAAAAAAAAAGAAAAUUUCCAUUCUAGGACACAAAUCAGCGUCAAAGCUAACAACAGAUAACAUCCAAAAUCUAUCCAGCAUAUUGCUAGCCUAGAUUCUCAGCUGGUGGAAAUCACAGUCACUCCUCUGAUUUCAAUGGAGUCCAUCCCAUUUAUACCACCUGAAGUUAAACAUUCAUCCUCCUCAUCACACUGAUUUUUUUGCAUCUCUGUAAAACACCAAGGCCACCUGAUCAAACAGCGGCUCAGCACUUUCCAUCAUUAUUUACUGCUUAUUUUACUGUAACACGCAGAGGGCCAAGUAAUGGACCAAGAUCCUUUUGAGGCCAUUGCUGUGAAAUUGCUAACAAAAAGAUUCCAAGGGCCAAAUGGAUUUGCAGGAGGCUUCAGCUGCACUGAUAUCUCACCAAGAGCUAUAGGAACUACCACUUCAUUGGCCCUUUUUGACACCUUGCCUUUAAGGUGAAAAGCACGAGAGGCAAUUCAUCAUCUCUCACACCACACUAGCAGCUUACACCUUCUGGCCCUACAGCACAAGCAACUUGCCCUGAUGUAAAACAGCAUUUCUGGGCACAGGAGCCAGCAUCCUAGGCAAGAUCUUUGGUGUGGGGGGAAAAAGCAUUAAAAAAAAGGGGGGGGAAAUGGCAACACUGUUGGCUCUUAGUGGGAUAGCCUUUUAAUUUCUGGAUUUGUGCUCCUAAAUUUGAAUUGGCCAGUUUGAAUUUCUGAGUGCAGCAGCCUGUAUGCACCAAGCUGCUCCCUCCAGCACAAUGUCCGGUGUGCGUCUCUUUAGCAGGAUGUUUCUCAGUCCAGCUGUAGUGUGGGGUACUCAGAAUCUGAACUGGAGUUUACAAAACACCCUGUCCAGCUUACACUCCUGUUAUGUGUAAAUACUCUGCGCAUCCAUUCCAUUUGUGUAAAGAAUAAAGCACACACAAUUAUAAAAAUUAAGCUGUAUAUUUCA